ACCAGUGUUGAGAAUCAACAGUGCCAGACGUAAGAAGAAGCAGAUUUAAUAAACAAUCUAGAAACAUUUAAUUUACAAUGCUAUUCUAUUCGUUCUUCAAAUCGCUGGUGGGCAAAGAAGUCGUGGUCGAGCUAAAAAAUGACCUCAGCAUUUGCGGCACGCUGCACUCUGUGGAUCAGUAUCUAAACAUUAAACUGACAGACAUCAGCGUCACAGAUCCCGACAAAUACCCGCACAUGUUGAGCGUCAAAAACUGCUUCAUCCGCGGCUCAGUGGUACGCUACGUCCAGUUGCCCGGCGACGAGGUGGACACACAGCUGCUGCAGGACGCAGCACGCAAAGAGGCAGUGGUUAGCACGAGAUAGAAUGAUACAGAAAGUCUGCGGUACGAAUUACAUAUAUGUUAAGCUGAGUUUCCAUGCCUAAGAAAGUCCCCCACUGCGCGAUGUACAUUGAGUUGUCUUUGUUUCUGACCUACAUCUAAGUGAAAAACUGUUAAAGAAAAAAGAAAAAAUAAGUCAAGAAAUUUAAUUGAAAAUAGAUUAUUUACUAA